UUGGCUAUGGCCACGUUCCUGGCAAGUCUUGACGGAACCAUCAUUGCGACAGCCCUGCCAAAGAUCGCUUCGGAUUUCAAGGCCCAAUCAGAAAUGUCUUGGGUAGCCACAGCAUACCUUCUCACCUACAGUAAGUGCUCCCUACUUUUAUGCGCUUUCAGCGACAUCUUUGGUCGGAAGAUCAUGAUCCUCUUUGCAAGUGUUACCUUCAUGGUAGGAUCCGCCGGUGCCGGUGGUGCCAACAGCAUGACGAUGUUGAUUGUCUUCCGUGCGAUCCAAGGUCUUGGUGGCUCAGGUCUUCUCUCGAUCGUUCUGAUCAUCAUCUCAGAUAUCUUCCCACUUGAAGAACGGCCCAAGUAUCAGUCCAUUAUCUGGAGUGUCUUCGGAGUCUCAUCCGUGAUCGGUCCUUUACUCGGCGGUGUCUUUGUCCAGCAGGUCACCUGGCGAUGGUGCUUCCUAAUCAAUCUCCCAUUGGGCGUGGUCACUAUUGCCUCGGUCCUCCUCUUCUUGCGGUUGCCGUUCAAGCGUCAAGCACUUCGUGAGCAAUUGGCACGUAUCGAUUACCUGGGCACGCUCCUGAUCAUCGUGGCGGUCAUUUGCUUGCUCUUGCCGAUCACCUGGGGUGGUACGACCUAUGCCUGGAACUCGGCCGUGAUCAUUGUUCUGUUCUGCGUUGCUGCAGUUUUGAUCGCGGUCUUGAUGUGGGUUGAGAGCCGCGCCGUUGAGGCCAUUAUCCCGCCGAGAUUGUUCCUCAAUAAGACUGUCGCUGUACUCUUUGGUGUCAAUUUUUUGACAGGGAUAGCCUUCUUGGGUGUAAUUUUCUAUUCCCCCAUCUACUUCCAGGUCGUGAAGGGGGUGGGUGCGACGGCUUCGGGUCUACAUCUGCUGCCAAUGGUUUUGGGACUCGUCAUCGCGUCCAUUGCAUCGGGUGCGGCAUUGAGCAAGAUUAGGGACUAUCGUGUCUUCAUCUGGAUGGGAACCACGAUGAUGUCCAUCGGCAUUGGCCUCUGCAUACUCCUGGAUGCGGAUUCUGGAAUGGGUCCACAAAUUGGGUUCCUGCUGAUCGUCGGAGUGGGCAUCGGUUUGAUUCUACAAACAUGUAUGCUGGCUGCACAGGCAGCGGUCGAGAAAGAAGAUAUGGCAGUCGUAACGGCACUGUGCGGAUUUAUGAACAGUAUUGGAGGAGGCAUUGGCAUUGCGAUGUGCUCCGCAUUGUUCAACAACCACUUGACGGAGAACCUCCUGAAGCUGCCGGACUCUGCGAAGGCGAUAAUUUAUCAAUACCACAUCGCAGAAUCGAUCACGGCUGUGCAGGAGUUGCCAACGGAUGUGAAGGUGUUAGUGAUUGGUUCGUAUGUAGACACGUUCCAGUUCAUUUUCAAGUGCAUUACGCCGAUUGCCUGCGCUGCGUUCCUAUUGUCGCUGUUCAUCCGCAAGCUGAGGAUGCUUGACCCGUCCGAGAUCGUCAUGGCAGCUGGUUAA